UGCACAAGCAGAGCUGCCAACCAACCAGUUUGGUGACUGAGGAAGAAGAGUGGCGCACACAAUGCACUGCACGGCUGACAAGGGUUGUGUCUCCCUGAUUUUCACGAUAAAUUUCCAAUUCAGAGGAAACUUGUGAAAGGGCAGCAGUGGAGCCGUUCUGUUUCUCUCCUUAUAUAUUUUCACACUGGAUUUAGUGAGAAAAACAAAUCGUUGACCGGGAACGUCGGCGAGUGGUCCAACUAAUCCUAAACAUUGGAUUACACAGUGAAGGCUGCAUGAAGGAGCUGCCCAGCCCAACGGGGGCUUGGCCGACACCCUCGUUUAUGGAAAUCGACACCGAGGCUUUGAUAUUUGGGCCUCGAUUUUUUUCUUUAUGAUGGCGGUGGAACGAAAGAAGAGUUGUCUGUAAAGAAGCAAGAUAUUGUUCUUUUGGAGACGAUCGCUUGAAAAAGGGCGUCCAUAUUCUUCCUGUUUCCUUUUAAAAAGCUGAAAGGUCCUUGCUUGUGGCUUAGCUGGCUAACAGCUGGAUCGGCUAACGCUAGCUAGCCAGAGUGCUAACGUUACGUCUUUCUUUUGAUGUGAUGCGAAUUCAACCAUUACUAUCGGCCAUGAACAUUUCGACAGGAGAAAAUUCUGUUCUUGUGGCUAUUGGAUAUUAGUUAGUUCCACGCUGUACUGUCUGCCUUGCCAGUCUUUCCGGGGAGAACACAGUUUUAUUCGUAGGUUGCUUGCGGGAUAUAUUGUACCGUAGUGAGUUAGCCGUGUACAUGCUAUCCAAAUGAGCAAAAGCUAAUUGGCUGAAGUCAACACUGACCUAACGUUAGAUAGCAUUAGCAUUAAGUGCUUUAACUCAAUCAGACAGCUCUGUUACUCCGUAGAUUGUGAGUAAUUUACAUGAGGUGUCAACAAUAAUACUAAACAUUUAACAUUAACACAAAAUCAUGUCACGGCCACUAGUGUGUUAAUGUCGAAUAUCUGGGUUAAUGGCCUUGCUAACUAGCUAACCGUGUAAUUUUGCUAACAGGCAAAUAAAUUUGUCAGCGUGUGCAAAAAAUUGGGAAAUUCUGGACGUAAGAGUUGUGUUGAGCAAUGCCAACGUUGGUGUGAUUUUCAUUUUGCGAUCUAUCUCGGAGCGAUUUGGCCCGCUUUGUUAAAAACACAGCUAGACUUGUCUUUUUUGUUUACAUGCGGAUAACUUAUGUGGUAGUCGGUUGAAUUUCUUGCUAGCUAGCUAGUGUUAGCUGCAUACUAGACACAAUCGGCUAUGUCCUGACAUUUGUGUAUGUUGUGGAUGUGUUAAAUUCCCAUGUGGAUCAGAGUUUGCGUUCAGAUUAACUGAAAUGACACUCAAAUUCCGCCGAAAGAAAGGCACCGAUGCCAAUAGACUGUUGUCAGAGGACGGUAAAUAAUAGCCACUGGUUCCAUUAACGCCAUUUUAACAGGGCUCCCUGCGAGGGCCUGAGCGGUGGUGUUUUAUUUGCGGUUCGGUGCCUUCCACCGGACCGGGACUUGACUAAAGUGCCUUUGGUCUCACUGGAGUUUCAAAAGGAGGUGGCGUUUGAACAUGGAGGGCCCGAGCCGAAGCACUGGAUUUAGGCAAAGCCGACGGUCCCGUUCACAGCGCGACAGGGAGCGGCGGAGGAGGAGAGUGGACCUGGCCGAGGAGCGGGCCACAUCCCUGUCCUCGGGCUCCGAUCGGGAGGCUUGUGGGACAAACAGUGUCCUGGGACCCGGUGGAAGAGAAUGCCGGCCUGGGUUUGGGAGACACAGGCCUCCACGCCGGAGGAAGAGAGAGUCUGUGUCCUGCGAGGAAGACGUCAUUGAUGGUUUCGCGAUUGCGAGCUUCAUUAGCUUGGAGGCACUGGAGAUGGACUGCUCUCUGAAGCCCAAUCAGCGCACUGAUAUGCUGGGAAGAAGGAACAAGGGGAAGAGGGGUCCAGAGGAGAACGGUGGAGGGCCGAUGUCGGAGCCGGAGGAAGGAGCCCCGCACAGCUACUCGAGCAGCUGUUGGAACAAGAGCAAAAAUAAGAGAAGGAGGAUAGAGGGACAUCCCUUGGAGACGGGCUACAUUUGUGACACUGAGAGUGAUACAGGAGACAAGGCCUCUGACAAUGACAUGGACCAUGUAUUCACGGUUGUGGAGCCAACUGCCUCAAACAUGGGCACAUCCAUGGGCAAAAGCUGUCCGUCUCUGCAGUCCCGUUGUGGUGGUGGUGUAUCACGGUUGACGGUGACCUCGAAAGUGUCUGGCCUGGAGCGAAGCCAGGAGAAAAGCUUGGAGCAGCAUUUCCCAGAGCCUGUUUGUUCUUCUACCUCUUCUGCCCCCUUCUCUUGCCUGCCUUCAUCGGCCGCAGCCUCGGCCACAGUCCCCCGGCCCAGCCCGCACAACGGUAAUGGCAGCCGUCACAACGGCAGCCCUCCACUCUCCAAACCCAAGCCUUUCCCCACUCUGCCUGGACGAUCUCACUCCAUCUACAGCAUCAGCAAUAGGAGCAGCACCCCAGUAAGACCUCCCUCAUCUGCGUCAGCUGUUGCAUCUUCCUCAUCCUCCAUGCGCCCCCCAACUCCCUCCACCAGUGUCUCACUGCCCUACGAGAAGGUCUCAGGAUCCUCAGGGCCCCUCAGACCCCCAUCUCGAGCCAGCUCUGUGGCCCUGUUCGCGUCCUCACCUGGUCUGCCCCCACCUCCACCUCUGCUUCAAGGUCCUGUCCACUCAUCUGCAGCAGAUCAGGAAAUAAUGCGUCAUAACUUAAACUCCCACUUCUUGAAUUCACAAGCGCACGAGGGCAGACGCAGCGUCCCGGGGGCUGAUACUAACGCAGCAGCUGCAGGCCGCACGACACCUGGUGGCCCAUCAGCAUCGAGCUCUGCCUCGGGGUCAUCGGGCCGAGCGUCUCAGAACCCACCGCUGGCCUUCCAGUUCCAUCAGCACAACCACCAGCACCAACACACGCACACACACCAACACUUCACGCCCUUCCUGCAUCCGCCAGCCACCGCACCGCCUCUGUAUCCUGGCAAAAUGGACGGGCUGUACCGACACUCUUUUUUCCCACAGUACACGCCACCCUCAGUACCGGGUAUCCAGCCUGUCAUUCCUCCCACCGGGCCUUUCAGCUCCUUGCAGGGAGCAUUUCAGCCAAAGCCUCUUGUCCCUCAGGGAACGGGUCCUGAUAUCACCACACGUCUUGGGGUUGUGCCUCACCACCUGCAGCCCAAAGACCCCAGGCUAACUGAUCCAUUUGGGACAUCGUUGAAAAUCAGUAAUAAACCAGGAAAGUGGUGUGCUAUGCAUGUUUAUGUGGCCUGGAUGAUUCUAAGCCAUCAGAAAAAAGUAAAGUUGAUGCAGGCUGAUCCCCACAAAUUGGACUUCCGUAGUGACCUGCUGGCCCGUCUUCCUGGAGCUGGGGGACUGGGCCCCCUGGGGCCCAUAGGAGGAGCCCUGCCUCCCACUCAUGAUCUGACCAGACCGCCCAGUCUGUUCUCAGCCACAGGGCCAGUGAAUCCGUCCUCGGCUCCUUUCAUCUCGCCAUCAGCGCCCCACUCCUCUUUCCUCGCACCAACCGCACACUUGGAUCCAUAUGGCAGAUCCCCACCUUUCACCCCACUGGGAGCUCUUGGUUCUGGUGCCUUUGGAGGACUUGGCAGCCCAACACUGGCGAGCUCCGUGUUUGGCCCCAAAGAUUCACCAGCUAGUGUGGUUGGAGGCUUACCAAACACCAACCAUCAUGACCCGUGGAACCGUCUACAAGGGGGCCCAUCUGGGUUCCCUGCUGGCCCCAGCUGGGCCAAAGGGGCAGACAAGCGGGACGAGAGGGAUCGAGGGAAGGAAAGUGAGAGGAGAGACAUCCCCCACAUCAAGGAUGAAAAGGACAGAGACAAUAUGCUGUAUGGCCGACAACCUGUGAGAAUGUCGCCAGUUGCCCCUUCGUUCAAGCCCCGCAGUAGCACCCCAGUUUCCCACAUUAAUGGCCACAGCAGUGCCGUGGGGGGGAGCAGCGGGCCUGUUGAGGACCUGACACGCAGCUUAAAUAGAGACAGAGACCGCGAGCGAGACAGAGAUGGAGAUAAGAGGCCGCUGCCAACAGCGUCUUCACGGGGACUGUCUCUGGGCUCUUCAUCUUUAGUAGCAGACAGGGAUAGACCUCGGUCUUCGUCAUCUUCUGCGCUCACAACUCCCCCACCCUCCAACCGUUCGGCCCAGUCUCCUCUGGACCUUUAUCCUCGCCCACUGGCCCCGACAGCACAUAGUCACCACAACGAACCCUCACACUCCCAAAGGGACGGCAGUCUCCCUUCUUCCUCUGCAGCCUCUGCAUCUGUCACUUCUUUGUCUCAGACCAAGAAGUCUGACCGGACCACAACACCUGUCUCCAAACCUCCACUGCUCCUCCCACCGGUUAAAGUGAAAGAGGAGCGGAAAGAGGAGCCAGAGCAUAUCCCCAUCACCCUGCCUCCCCCAGCACCCAACCACAGCUUCGACCGCCCCAACAGCCAUCCACACCACCCUAGUUCUGGUACCCCUUCCUCUUCUUCGUUAUCACUGACUCCCACUCCCGGUGUUCCCCUCCUGCCACACACCCCAAACCACCCUCCUUCCCACCAACACCUUUCCCUGCUUGACCGCUCCAGGGCCAUUGAAGCAUAUCUGGGGAGCACAGCAGGUGCUACAGGGUUGGUAGUUGGUCCAGGGGGAGAACGUUUCCCCCAUGGUCCGAGCCAAGGACCACCACAAGGUCCACAUAGCUUCACCUGGGACCCCUGGAGGGAGCUUGCAGCUCAACAUCAGCAACAUCAGCAUCGCAGGGAGGCCUUGUCGCUUCGGUCAGACCCUCACCUGGCCCUGCGAACUGAUCCACAUCUGGCCCGAUUGCUCCAGCAUCAGCGCCUUCUGGAGGCAGAGAGGGUUGCAGCUGUAGCAGCUGCAACUGCAGCAGCCACCCCUCACCACCCUCCGACAUCUACCUCUGCUGCCUCCACCUCUGCUGUCCGCCAGGAGUUUGGCCUAAUGGCCCAUCACUUUGACCGCCCUCCUCACCUGGGACCCCCAGGAGGAGGACUGAUCGAUGAGGAGCAGCGUGCCCAGAUCCUGAGGGAAGACUUUGAGCGGGCUCGCUACUUCAGGAUGCAUCCACAUCUUCCUGCUGGCUCUCACCUCUCGAGCCCCUCUCAUGCUGCUACUGCCACUCACCUAGAGCAGCUCCACCCUGGCCUUCUUUCCCACUCGCUUCCCUCUGGAGCCUCUCCUGCUUCCCAGCAUCAUGCUGGUCUCUACGCCCAUUUAGGCCCACUGAACCCACACCACAUGCCCAACGGCAUCCUGGCAAAAUCCCCUGCAGGCUUGGUGGGAGCUCUGGGAGUGGGGGCACCACCUCCACUCAUUCCGUCCAUCACCAGCCGGUCGUCCACACCUCCCCGCAGUUCUAGACUCGGAGGGCCAGGUGAACUGGCACUGUACAGCGCCCACAAAGACGGAGAGUCCAGAUAGUACAGGGACAACACUGGAGGAGAUCAAGGGAAAUGUCAGGAUCACUGUGCUGCUCUCAACCUGCCCCCUUUUCCUCUUGCAGACUAUUAAACCCUGCCCUCCCAGUUACACAACCAAACCAGCUCCAGUGCCAGCCCAGAAAGGGUAACCAUGACUGGCUGGAGGUGAUGGUAGGGAGGGAAAUGCAAGACUUGGAAUAUGCGCAAUGGUUCUAUCAGUGCAAUUUAAUGGUACAUGGUUUCUGUGCAUCCUUUGUGUAAUUUUAUUUUAUACUUCCUGUUGGUUAUUACAGUAGUCAGUGUCGAAAGCUGUAUGAAGAGGCAGAGGACAGCUUUUUUCAUUUGUCAGGUGAAUUCAAUUCAAUCCAUGCUUCUAAACAAGCCUUUUUCCAGGUGGAUUGGAGAUGACUUCCAGAGGGAUGUGCACUGUGAAAGCAUAGCAAGAGAUGAACCCUCAGCUUGGUUAACUCAUGGGAUAUCAAUAAGUCCUUUUCUACAUAAAUCGACCCUUAUUAGGUUUUGUGGACGCGGGUCUUUAGAAAUACAGUGGUAAAAGUGGUGCUUUCUGUUCUGUCUUUGUGUCUUUUUGUCAUUGUGAAAAGACAAAAUUACUGACCAUUUGAUGAAGAUCGGUAAGCAUCUCACCUCAUUUUCCUGCUUUACCCAAAAAUCUAAACCCAUUCCCUCAGCCUCACUGAUAAUGAGAUUCAGUCUUUAUUAGCUUGUUUUUUUCUUUCCCAAAGGAUGAAUAGCGAAAUGAACUGUGCCACACUGUGUGAGCGAACACGGUGUUCUAGAGCUUCCUGUAACUGUUUCCCAGUCUCCUCUUGACUAUAUGUGCAGGACCAGAUUAUAGUAGUCUAGAGAAAUUGCCUUUGUAAUUAUUAUUCUUAACAUUAAUUAUCUUCUAUAAUAAUAAUAAAUAUAUUCACUGUUAUGUUAUUUGUCUUUGUUUUGGGUAUCAACCAGUACUCUCUCUCCCCAGGUAGUAAUAUGUUUCAAACCAUGCAAAAGACAAAGCAGAAGGCUUGCUUCACAGAAAACUUAAUACUUGUGAACAUUAAGCCGUAUUGUUUGCAACCUCUGGCCUCUUCAAGGAUCUCAUCUAUGACUUUAUUAUGCUGAGAAGGAGGUUUGUGUGUGUGUCAAUGGCUGUGUUUUAUAUCCAUUUGGGACUAUGGGAGCCUUGUACAUUGAACUGUCAAGUUGUUUCAACAAGAAUAAGUUAUAUACAUGGAUAAGUGGGACAUCUGCUGAAGAACUGAAAAAAAAAAUAUAUGUACUUGUGUCAAAAGACAGCUGGACAGUGGGCAUCCUGAGAGGGAAAAGACUGGGUCGAUUAUUUUAAUAUGACCAUUUUAUACCUUUCAAACCCCUCCCCUAGAGACCACAAAGAUUAAUUAUUAAAUGAAUUGUUGUUUA